AUUACUUGUUCCUUUGCAGCCUACGCAUGCUGACGCAGCUCCCCACCUGAACUACAAGUGUCUAUCUGUAUGGGUUGGAGAAUCGUGAAACCGAAAUAUUCCGGAGAUUGCCGAAGACAGGAGGUGGGGGGCGUGUUAAUGUGUGUGUGUCGCUUAAACCAAGCAGGCGGCAUGCUCCUUUCAGUCUUUCGGAGGAAGCCGGCCUGGCAGCUCGGUCUGGUGUCAUUUCACAGCUUCAGCGACGGAGACCUGGGGUUCGGGCGGGAUGACGCAGGCCGAGAAAGAGCAAGAGAACGGAAAGGAGAAAGAGAAAGAUCGCGAAAAGGAGAAGGAGCAGCGCGGUGUCAAGAGGCCGAUUGCUCCACCCGUCAUCCCGGAGCCUCUGCAGGAGCAAAUCCAGAGCAACUUCAUUGUGGUGAUAAACCCAGGAUCGAAAACCCUGAGGAUCGGCCGAGCUACAGACACCCUACCCGUGAGCAUUCCCCAUGUUAUCGCCCGAAGGCACAAGCACGCAGGUCAGCCCCGCCAUGAGGAUCCUUGGCUCCUGAGAGAGGGCCUGUCUAGACCAGAAAGCAACGAACAAAGGCAGAAUGGUCUUAAGAUGGUUGAUCAAGCUAUAUGGUCCAAGAAGAUGUCAAACGGGGCGAGGAGAAUCCCAGUUUCGGCUGAUCAAGCGAGGGCUUUCAAUAAACAGAUGAGGCCGGCUGUGCUGGAUCCAAACUCCAGAGUGAAGUGGACAAAUACAUCCCAUCACCCCGAGUUUCUUGUGGGAGAUGAGGCUCUGUACGUAAACCCCAUGGACUGUUAUAACAUCCACUGGCCAGUCUGCAGAGGGCAGCUGAACGUUCACAGCGGGCCCAGUGGAUCGCUCACUGCUGUUUUAGCAGACCUGGAGACCAUCUGGUCUCAUGCCAUCCAGAAGUUUCUGGAAAUUCCACUCAAGGACCUGAAGUAUUACAGGUGCAUCUUGUUAAUUCCAGACAUCUACAAUCGACAGCACGUGAAGGAGCUGGUUAACAUGCUUCUAAUGAAAAUGGGCUUCUCAGCUACUGUAGUCCAUCAAGAGUCUGUGUGCGCCACCUUCGGCAGUGGCUUGAGCAGUGCCUGUGUGGUGGAUGUGGGAGACCAGAAGACCAGCGUGUGCUGUGUGGAAGAUGGCAUUUCCCAUCGCAGUUCCAGAUUGUGCUUGGCAUAUGGAGGCUCCGAUGUGACAAGAUGCUUUUUCUGGCUGCUGCAGAGGGCUGGUUUUCCCUACAGAGAGUGCCAGCUGUCCAAUAGGCUGGACUGCCUGCUCCUUCAGCAACUGAAAGAGACCUUCUGUCAUCUUGACCAGGAUAUUUCGGGACUUCAGGACCACGAGUUUCGCAUCAGAAACCCUGAUUCUCCUGCUCUGCUUUACCAGUUCCGUUUAGGAGAUGAGAAGCUGCAGGCUCCGAUGGCAAUUUUCUAUCCAGCUACGUUUGGAAUUGUGGGGCAGAAGAUGACGUCUCUCCAGCAGCGCUCGCAGGGGAACCCAGAGGACCCCUACGAUGAGCACUACCUGCUGGGAACGCAGAGCAAGCAGGACCAGUCUGCAAAAGCUACAGCAGAGAGGAAGGCCCCCCCUAAGCCCUCUGGUUUCGACGGCGAACCAGGCAGCCAGAACCCUGAGGCGGCGGACCGGAGCCACCCUCAGGACAUAGACCUGGGCCACUCCCAGAGCGACUGCCUGAUGACGGGCGCGGACGUGGACGAGCCACCCACAGCUCUCAUGUCCAGGAAGACUGCCAUAAGCCAGUUCGAAGGCAAAGCGCUGGGCCUAGACAAAGCCAUUCUGCACAGCAUCGACUGCUGCGCUUCGGACGAGACGAAGAAAAAAAUGUACAGCUCCAUCCUCGUAGUUGGCGGGGGCCUGAUGUUCCACAGGGCCCAGGAGUUUCUUCAGCACCGCAUUCUGAACAAGAUGCCGCCGUCCUUCCGGAGGGUCGUGGAAAACGUCGAGGUCAUCACGAGGCCUAAGGACAUGGAUCCCCGGUUGAUCGCCUGGAAAGGCGGUGCGGUUCUGGCGUGCCUGGACACCACCCAGGAGCUGUGGGUCUACCAGCAGGAGUGGCAGCGUUUUGGCAUGAGGAUCCUGAGAGAGAGAGCGGCAUUUGUCUGGUGAGCGCACCGCCUUAAGAACGCUUGGCGGACUUCACACCGACGAAACGAGAAAACUUUUCUUCGGAGGUGGGACCUAUGGGAAUCGUUUCAGUUAUCUGCCGCCUGUGAGCCGAAUUUACACUGUGUGUUUGGCCAACGCGUUAAGUGAACCAACUGGAAACUGCGAAGGACUCGCUUUUUUUGAUGAAAAAGCUUUCUGGACUUUCUGUUCUUUCUUCCACAAAAAAAUGUGUAUAAUAAUAUCAGUCUGUUUUUCCCUGCAUUUGGCUUUUACACAUUAUGGCUGACCCGACAGAAAGUGAACUUCUUGUUUGUCCGCUGCUUUUAAAAAAGAAAAUGUGGGAGAAAGAGGAAGUGUAGGCAGACCUCUCUAACCCGGCCGCCUUUGAACCACUCGUCUUUUAACGUGUCCCAGGCAGCUCAGCUCUGUACUGGAGGGUGAGCGCUGAUCAGAGGACGGGCAUGUAGACAACACCGUGAGUCUGGAGCAUCCUGGGGGGGCCGGGGGGGCCGCCGACAGUCUUGGUCAACUAAUUCUACACCACCCUCGAUGGCGCUCAGCCAAUAGUGCGCCACUACUGGGCUUGCAUCCCAGUCACAGUGGGCUAGUGACAUACAGCACACAGGUGUGUGCCUUGAACGGUUGUGCCAUUCAGGCCCCAUAUAUUCACAAUAUUUGCAAUAUCUUUAUCUUUAUCUUUAUUUCUGUCAAAGAUGGAAGCCAAGUGUGACGUGUGGGACUCAAAAUCUCCUCCUUGUGUCUGUUGGAGCAUGUUGUAAAUGCAGUGCCAAUGAGUUUAGAAGUCAUAUAUUAUAUUCGUAUAUUAAUUCAUAUGCGAUUAAACCAUUGUCUUGACACAAGCAAGCUCUCUCAUGGUUAAAUUCUAGCUUCCCUUUUACGUAGUGGAAAGAGACAGUUAACUUGAAUUGAGUAAACGGUUAAAAGUGUUUUCUCUACCUGUGUCUUACUUGACCUCACAGGAUUCAGUAAUACUGAUUUGUCUGAUCAGAUAAAGUAGUUUUCAGUCAUUAUUUUUUCCAGAUUGUAAGGAUGUGGUAUAUCGAUGUACAGAAAAGAUUUAACGCAAGAUCAGAAAUAUAGGUCAUAUCUAAUUAGAGACAGGAAAGGUGAUUACAAUCUGUUUUGACAUUUUGGCCCAAUAAGAAGGACCUCUUGAGCUGUCAUAAUUCACCAGUAACAGUUUUUUUUCCAUGAUGGUUGCUAUGCGAGAGAUUUUAUAAUUGGCAAAAUGUAAUUAGUAAUACAUUGAAAACAAAUUGUGGCUCAUGAACACAGUUAUGCAGCUGUUCAAUUUUAAAAUAAAAGCAAAACCUGAAAAAAAUAAUUUCUCUAAAAUUGAGCAAAUAAAGGAUUUAUGAGUAAAAUUUAUGAGUUUAUGAGUGGUCUAGUGGUUAGAAUAUAAAUGAUCAAAUAGAACAAAAUGAGUCCUUUUACGUUAGGGGUAGGUCUUAUCUUUGAUAAAGAAAUGAAUAUGGAAAAUACAUUUUCUCUUGCAUCCCUUUGAUAUUAAAUAUUGAACGGGACUUUUUAAAGCAUGGAAAACCAUGUCAGUCAUCGUCCUCUGUGGUACCGAAAGGAUAUGUGGAGAACGGCAACAAUCAUAGUACAGUAAAUGAAGAUGUGCCAGUUUUUUUAAAUCUUUCCAAGGAGCAACAUUACUUCAGUUCUAUUCUGAAAUGAAAAUCCGCAAAAGUGUGUGUAAACAAUAAACUAUAAAAAAACAGUUAUACAAUUUAGAUUUUGCAAAAGACACCCGUGUUGGCCUGGAGACUCAAGUUCACGUCUGUACGUGCACAUAAAUGUUGAAAAAUCUAAUUAAAAGUGAUUUUACUUGAACUCUUGUCGGGAAAGACCCACUUGCGGGCCUAUAAAUCUAGUCUAUUGAAGAAUUCUGGCACAAGUUCCUUAACCGAUUGGUGAUUUGUAAGCUCGGUACAACAGAUUUUGCACUUGAUGUAUCAAACCUAGAGUAUCCCUGUUUCUGCUGGGGUGUUAAUAAAUCCAACUGAACUACUG